AUGAUCGAUGAGUUGCGAGUAGUAGUCAACGGAAAAAUUAGCCGGAAUUGGGGCAUUCAGAUUUAUGUUGACUACUGCGACCAAACCGAUGCUGGACUAUAUGAGUCGCUAGUACUACAGUUAUUACAUAGAGAUCCCGGUGCGGGACAGUAUGUGGUGCAGCACAUGGACUCAUGGUUUGAAAAUAAGGAGAAAAAGGACCUGUUUUACAUACAAAUGGAAUACUGUUUAAUGGAUUUGACAACAUUUCUCAGCAAAAGGUAUAAGAUAUUCCGUGCCGGACAGGACUGGCAGCCAAUGCCGGAACUGGAGUUUUUUGUAUGCUGUCAACUCUAUUUGAGACUGGUCAAUUGUCUCAAAUAUAUCCACAGCAACAGCAAUGUUGUACCGGUUAUUCACAGUGACCUACACUUUGGGAAUGUUUUGUUGGCUAAGUUUAAGGAUAAACUUGCGGUAAAGUUAGCCGACUUUGAUUUGUCCAUUACUAUUAAUCGCGAGAAUAACAACAAGGACAAAUAUUGUCACUACGAUAUCAUGAAUUUGAGUUUCGGGUUGACCGAGUUGUUUGAUUUCAAUAAUCGCAAUCCACAGAAUUACCAAAUUGUGGGGAACCAGAGGAAAGCAGAUAUAAAGGCCAUAAGUGAUGACCUAAUUGAUCAGGAUAGAUUAAGGAAUAAUAAUUUCUUAUCAUAUGAUGAAUUGGUGGACAAUAUGAAGAGAUGGCAGAUAUCUGAACAAACGGAUGUCUUGGCUUCAGUCACGAGACGGGUGUCAGUGAACCAACACUUGUCGAAGAAUUGA